AUGGGAAAACAAUUAGAAGAAUACUCAAAUACUGACACAAAUACACAAUUUAAAUAUACUCAUGCUGAUCGUGCACUGUCAGAAAGUAUUAAAGAACAAAUUGGGGAGACUGGAGACAAAGUGAAGGAUAUUAUGAAGGAUAAAGUUGAUGAUAAUGAAUGGGUAAUAAGUGACGUUCGUUGCCGUUCUGAACUUAUCCUUUGAAUU